GAAAGCAACAGACACUUAAACCAACCAAAUGGCUGCAUUCAGAGAUGCUAAUCUGCUCAUCGUCUCUCUCUCCACACACGCUCAUUCAGUUCAAGUUGGAUUGGGCGUUUCUCCUGAAGUCAUCUCAACCCCUUCGAUCACCCUUCCGACGAUAGCCUACAUCAAACCUGAACUUGCUCAAUCUAACCUACCCAGGAAGUGGUCUGAUUACUCAUUCGAAUCACAUCCUGAUCUGCUUCCAAUCCAGAUCUUCAAAACCCAUUCUCAUCAUGGUCCUCAACUCUCCCAAUCGGGCUCACUCGUAACCGAUUGGAAGGCACUCGACGCGCUUUUCCGCUAUUUGCUCUUUAAUCGUCUAAAACUCUCCAAGCCACCCGUCGCCCAGCAUAUCCUACUCUCAAUACCUCCCAACCUACCCAACUCAAUCCGAGAUAAAUUCACACAGUUGUUUUUCGAAAACUUACAAGCACCCGCCCUCUUUCUCGGCGAAUCUCCUCUACUUCAAAUCUUAGCCUGUAAUUCUACCAGUGGGAUCACCAUCGAUAUUGGUGCUCGAUCCACCCUGAUCGGCUUUGUUAGCGAUUCUAUCGUCCUAGAUCAAUCUUGUCAUUUCUAUCCGAUCGGCGAACAGGAUUGUGAUGACUAUCUGAUCAGUCUACUCUUGAAUGAAAACCCCGAGCUGCCCACCCAACUAGGCUGGGAGACAACCAACCGAGCAGAGUCACUCUAUCACGCGUUACUAGCUUUCGUUUCGAAUCUCAAAGCCGAUGGUCAUAUUCGCUUCGAACCCCAGCUCAACACGCUCGCAUUGAACACUGCAGAUCUACAAAGUCAAGAGGAGGAAGAGACCGGAAUCACUGAUGUGGCACAAGCAAUUGUCAGUGGUAAGGCGGACAAGAUCAUUGGAAGGCAGACAUCAAACAAUUCUUCACAAGGUGCUCGUCGGCCGACACAGACGGGUAAACUUCUAGCGGAGAUACAAAAGGAGACGGACACGAUCAUUGUUUCCAAUUCCUCCAACUCUCAACAACCCCUCAACCCUAGUGUGCCACCUAGCCCCUUACUAGAUUGUCAACCAUCUCAAGCUAUCCCAGUCUCCACCGAAUCUCUCUCACUCCCUCGCGAACAGACAGGCAUCCGAGUUUCUAAGACCAGACAUCGACAUGCCGAACCUCUGUUUGCGCCAGGACUACUGAGGUCGAUAGGCCCAGUGUUUUCAAGGUUUGGUCUAGAAAAAUACGCAGCGAGGUAUACCUCAGAACUGAUAUCUGAAGAUGAUACUUUGGUCGAGUCUAUCAAUUGUGGGAUAAGCAAACUCAUCAGUUUAGAGCAGCGGAAAGAUGUGGUUGGCCAAUUCGUGCUGACUGAUGGAAGUGGGUUGAUCUGUCGUACCGAAGGUCUUGGAAUUGCGAUUUCGGCCGAGCUUCAGUCAAGGAAUUCCGGAUUGAAUUCACUUUCACAAUCCGGUGCCCAAGUUGAUGGGAUAUUCAAGCCAUUAAAAGUACCCGAAUAUUUUUCUGAAUUCAAAGGGAAGCCGGAAUAUCUAGGCUUCCUGGGUGGAUGUAUUGUCGCCAAAUUGGUCUUUAACGAUGCUAGUUCUACUAAGCUUUGGAUGUCAAAGCCUGAUUAUAACAAAGAGGGACCAUACAUAUCACGCAAAUUAGUUGGACUUCAACCUUCUUCUUGAACAAAGCCAGGUUUAUUCCUCGUUUAGAGAUGUAAAAUGGAAGUGUACUUAAUCCUAUCAAAAUGCCCUACAAAAGAAAACCUUACAUACCAUCAAACAGCCAUAAUUCCAGCUAGUUUCACACCGCCGCGAAUAAAACAUUCCGUAAUAUCUGCA